AUGGCCAGCGAUGUCGAACACUACACGGAUGGAUGGUCGAAGCUCUGGGACUCGGAUGACAGCGACCUCUGGGACCGAUCGAAGCCCUCGCCACCACUGAUCGACCUUAUCGAGGAGCGCCGGGACGUGUUCCAACCCGUUGCGGAAGAUGGGAGGAAGAAGAGGGCGCUGGUUCCGGGAUGUGGCAAAGGCUACGACGUGGUGAUGCUCGCCUUGCAUGGCUUCGACGUGUACGGGCUGGAUGUCUCCGCGACAGGCGUUUCAACGGCCAAAGAGUAUGCCAGAGGAGAGCUGGCAAACCCGCAGGGUUAUAAUUUCGGCUCUGGGGACUUUUUCAAGUCGGACUGGGAGGAUGGGAUGAAGUUCGAUUUGAUAUAUGACUAUACUUUUCUCUGUGCCCUUCACCCAAGCAUGCGUGCCCAGUGGGCCUCUCGGAUGGCUGGCCUGCUAGCCCCCAAGGGUCACCUCGUGUGCCUCGAGUUUCCCCUCUGGAAGGACCCCAAGCUGCCUGGUCCGCCGUGGGGAUUGAAUGGUGUUCAUUGGAAUCUUCUUGCCGAAGGAGGAAAUGGGAUUGUUGGGGAUGAUGUGAAGGUGGAACAGGGUAGUGAAGGGGGCUUGUUUACGAGGACGCUGUAUAUGAAGCCAGAGAGGUCAUAUGAGCAGGGGAGAGGGAUGGAUAAGCUGAGUGUUUAUGUGAAAAAAGAGUGA